CCUUGCCGGCGAAUUCUCCUCUCUGAAAAUUACUCCACUCGCCGCCGGCGAUUCAAGUUGCUAACAAUGCAAGCUCCGGCGAUAUCUCCGGUGAUAUGGCAUCCGCCGCCACGGAGUAUCUCCUCUUUCAAGCUCACCAUACUGACCCAAAGACAUCAGAGAGCUCCCGCACUCUGUUGCUCGAGACCAGAAGGGCAGAAUGACUUAGAGAAUCCUCAGGAGAAUCUUGGGUUAUCAUCUGUUGUAACUGAAGGAAAACAUAAUGAUAUUUGGCGCCUCUUUAGAGAAGCCCAGCAAAAUAUCCUUUUUCUGAACAAGCAGCGUCUAGCUGCAGUUGAGGAGCUUGGCAAUCUAAAGAGGGAGAAAGAUGAAUUGGUAGAUAGAAUAGUUCAAUUGGAGGAAGAAAAUCAGAAUGUUAUCGGGAAAGAUAAACUUUCUCUAUUGUGGGAGUUGCUUCUUCGUAUAGAUUCUAUGGUGCUAAAUGGAUUACUUAACACUGAAGAAGCCUCAUCUAUGAGAACACUGGUCAGGGAGCACAGACUGGGCAUCUCUGAGGUUUCCCCUGACAUUUUGCAAAAAGGAGAUUCCGAGAUUUUAGCAGAACUCAGACUGUUCUCAGAUAGGCUCAAAAGUAAUGGUUUCCACAUCAUUCAUAUCUGCUCUGAAAUGGCUCCAUUAGUUUCUGUGGGACCUUUGGCCUCGUAUGUGACAGGACUAUCUCGUGCACUCCAAGGAAAGGGCCACUUGGUUGAGGUUAUAUUACCAAAGUAUGCUACCCUUGAGUUGGACGAAAUUCAAGGACUCCGAGAAGUUGAAGCUGAUCUGUAUUCUUAUUUUAAUGGUCAGCUGCAUGCCAACAGAAUAUGGAAUGGAGUUGUCUGUGGAAUAGGAGUGACGCUUGUUCAACCAUUGUAUUACUCGUCAUUUUUCAGCCGUGAUAAAGUAUAUGGCUAUUCGGAUGACUUUGACAGAUUUGCGUACUUCUCUCGUGCUUCACUGGAUUACAUAGUAAAAUCUGGAAAGCGGCCAGAUGUAUUACACAUUCACAACCGGGAGACUGCAAUAGUAGGACCACUUUUUUGGGAUAUUUUUGUUAAUCAGGGGCUUGAAGGUUCUAGAAUACUCUUUACAUGCCAAGGGUUUGACUCAGAGUAUCUUGUCCCUCCUGACAAGUUGGCGCUAUGUGGUCUUGAUCCAGCUGGACUUCACCGUCUUGAUCGCUUGCAAGAUAAUAUUAAGCCACAGUUUGUUAAUGUUUUGAAGGGUGGUAUUGUGUACUCCAACAAAGUUGUCACUAUGCCAUCCUCACAUUCUAAGGGAAGGAUAAUUCAUAGUUCGAGUCAUGGGCUUGAACCCGCUUUAGCUGUUCACAAGGAGAAAUUGCUUCUUGCUCCUUCUUUUGGGUUGGACAGCACAACAUGGGAUCCUUCAAAAGAUGAAUUUCUUCCUGAAAAGUAUAGUGUUGAGGACAUCAGGGGCAAAUCGAUCUGUAAGGUUGAAUUGCAGCACCAACUGGGUUUAGUGGAGCAUAUUUCGACCACCGUUGUUGGAUGCAUCUUUACUGAAAUAUCAGAUGUUGAUCUUGAGAGCUUAAAGGCAAUUGUGCGGGGUUCAAUUAUGACAGGCAUCCAGUUUAUUUUGAUGGGAAUGAAUGAAGAUCAGACGACAAUUGGGGAGCUGGAGAAAUUGCAGGAAGAAUUUGAGGAUGGAGGGAAUCUCAUGUUUGUGCGAGGACACGAUGAAACUCUUCUGCAUCUGAUUUUUGCAGGAUCUGACAUUAUGUUGUGCCAGUCCUUGCACGAUCCCAUUCUUCAGGUCCCUUUCAAGGCUUUAAGAUACGGAACAGUACCAAUUGCUCUUAAAACUAACAGCAGUGAUGCCUUCGGGCAUUUAGGAGCUCAUGAACAAGAGACCACAGGACUUGCAGGGUUCAUCAACUCCACCUUUGGAGACAUGUCCUUAAGCCAAGCCUUGGACCACAUAAGGAACAAACCGACCACGUGGAAGAGGAAGAUAAUGGAAGCAAUGGGGAAGGAUUUCUCAUGGGACGGGGAAUGUUGUGAUAUUCACAUCUCCGCUUAUGCUUCGAUCAAGAGCUUGUGAACAAGAAUAUCUCCACAGUCGUACAUGAUUCUGCGCGUGUGUGUGUGUAUAUACAUGCACAGAUUCCAUGUAUUUUGUCUGUCCUAAUGAAGAUAGAUUAUGGUUAGAUUGCAUAA